CCAACUCCUACCGCAACCCCUCUAAGGCCUCCCUUUAACCUGUUGCAGAACAUACUCGACAACUCAGAUUUGUCUCUAGCACUCGCCAUCAACCUCCCAAUCAAACAGUUCAUCGAUCUCUAUGCUAUCUCUAAGCAUUUCCAUUGGGAAGUCAAUUCCCAUUUGCAGGGGUACAUCAAGGCGUAUAUCGCUCACAACGCGCCGGAUACCGCGAAGAUUUUCAAAUGGUCGCAGUAUGCUAAGUCAACUAUCUACGAUCCAGCCGUGCGCCCAAUUGGCAUCCACCCCGCCGUACCUCUUGCUUUCCGAGACCGCAACCGCACAAUUCCUGCUCUACGAUGGCUCCAAAAGGUCAUGCACCGCGAGCAUGUCGCCAACAAAAUCGUCUCGUUACUAGCAUGCGAGGGGCUUCGCCUUCCGCACGGUACCACUACUAUCAUCAAAAAGAUUUGGUUCUUGCUGGAACAGCCAACGUGCGGCCAACGUGCGGCUACUCUAAAGGAUCGCAAAAGUUGGACAGACAGGGAUCUUUUACUUGCCACCAUACUCUUCCACAAGCUAGAUCUACGGUUCACUGAUCCUGAGCAUGGCAAAGGCGAGCCAGCACUCCGAACUUUCCUGCUGACACAGAAGUCCCUAGACCCGAUGCUGCGUGUGCUCGAGGGCUACUACAGCCGCAAAGACAAGUACACCGAAUUCGUAAAUCUCAUUCUGGAGGCCUUCUAUAACGAGGUGCGACAUGCUGGCAUGUUUGACGAAGAUGACGAAGAUGACGACAAUGAAGAUUCAGAGUUUGGCGCCUUGGGCCGCGAACACUGGUAUCGCCCCUGUCCGCCGCUUGCCUCGCCCGACACAAUGAUAUUGUACGAGGCGUUCGCCCAGGGACUGAAUCUGCAGAAGUUCAUCGUCGACAGCAUCCUCUGGGGUAACGCGGAUCCCAGGGAUGGGGGAGCGAUUCCACCCAUCCGA